UCCACCCUACUCCGGUCGGCGCGCUGUCGCCGGCGCUUUCGCUCCGGCGAGCUGCGCGGCCGCGAGAGCAGAGCCAGGCGAGAGCGGGGGAGGGAGGCAUCGGGAGAGAAGGGGAAGAGUAGUGAGGAGAUGGUGUGGGCGCUGACCCCCGUCGACACGGUGCGCGGGGCGCAGAAGUGCUACAUCUUCGCCGCCGGGACGUACAAGGUCGGCCGCAAAGACUGCGAUGUCAUUGUUCAAACGGACACAUCGAUAUCGCGAGUCCAUGCGGAGAUUGCAGUUGAAAAGAUGGUUGCUUGGGAUCCACAUUCUGGUGCACCAGCUAGCCCUUCCUAUGUCCGUGUGAUUGACCGCUCAAAGUAUGGUACAUUUGUCAACAAGGUACAGGGAACACAGGGCAGUCGGCUUCAUAAAGAUGAAGAUGCAAUGCUUGCUGAUGGGGAGACUGUGACUUUUGGAACUGGUAACGCAACCUUCAGGUUGUCAUUUGUUCCCAUAGUAGUCUUUUUUCAUGGAAGAAAGUCAGGAAGGAUUAGUCCAUCUUUGCAGGCAGUAAUAACAUCUAUUGGUGCAUAUGCUACUCGGAAGUGGAGUGAUGAAUGUACACAUGUUCUCGUUGAUGACUCAUGCUCAUUGACACCUGAACUCCUAGAUGCAGUGUUGGCAAAAAAGCAUAUCGUCUUGGGAGACUGGUUUAAGGUGAUGGCUGAACGGAACAUACACACUGAAAUGCCUUCUUGUACACAAUAUAUUCCAAAGUUGACCCUUGAUGGGAUGGAGAUAAAGAUGGUGGAGAUCAAGCUCAUCGAGAACUGCCUAGCAGGAUAUACUUUUAUCUUGGGGCCAUCAGAAAAGUAUAAAUUUGGAGACAAACUACAUGCUUUGCUGGAAUAUACUGGAGCAAAGUAUCUCCGCACAGAUGAGUUUUGUGCAAACAGCCAGGACUCUGAAGCUGUUGAAAAUGAUAAAGAAAUUCUUCUUGUCCCUGCAAAAUCUCCUUUGGAAUUCAGUAAGAUGCGCCCGCUAUUUCCAUUGUCCAAGAUCACUGAUGUAAAGCUCUUUGCUGCUAUUUUGUCUGGCCGCUUGGAAGCAGCUUCUAUUGAGCCACCAGCCUACAUUGUUGCAUCCUCAAAUUCCACGGAUGAGACUAUUGUGAUGGACUCUGAUGUUGAAAUUGAUAGUGCAACUUCUGAUGCUAUUAUUACUGCUAGCAAGUCUCAACAUCACGUUGAGCAUAUUUCUGAUGAUAAAAAGGAAGUCACUGUAAUAUCUGAAGAGGAUGCUGUAAAUUUGAUGGAAACAAAUGCCAGCAUUGAUCUUCACAAUGACCUGGAGAAAGAUGUGAUUGCAAAACCUAUGGGGGAGGAUGCCAAGAUCAUAGAUAAAACAACAAUGCAUGGGGUCAAAGUUGAAGAUAAGGAUGUUUGUGUUAUAACCAAGGUGCCAAAGGAUGAAACUUUGGACAGCAGAGAUGAGACUUGUCAUGUUAUAUAUAGCCAUGAUCUGGUUGUGAAAAGCAUCCUUCAAUCAGCUCAUGUCGAGUCAAUAGAAACUGGUGGAGUUAACUUCAAACGCUUUAGAAAGAGGGGAACGGUGUCCGGAAAUAGCUUCAGGGACCUGAUCCCAUAUUCGCGAGAACCAUACAGAGAAUCUGAUUAUAACCGGGGAACAGUAACCGACUUCAUGCGAGAGGAGAAGAAGAGGAGACAGAUGGAGGCCAUUGCAGAGGACCUCUUCAACAAUGCCAAGCCGAAGAAGAAGACAGCUGCUGGUAGUUCAAUUCACACCAUACUCACCGGCCGCAGAUGAAGGCCAGGAAAAAAUCACUGGCACAUGUGCUCCUUCUAACCCAGAAGACGGGAGAAGUCAAUCGCAUGAUGCUUUUGGGUUCUUUCUGCCACCAAGCUAUGUAAAACGUUUUCUGGAGUGGAUGUCUGUAGGUUGACACUGCAUGUGUUAGAUGUAAAUGGUGUAUCAAAGGGCAGUUUUUUUCCUGCCCAAAUUUUGGAGUUAUCACAAGUUGGAUGAGCUUUGUGUACAAGCCCAGAAUCCGAGCAAUUCUCACACUGAUACACCAAUUAUCAGAGCCCUAUCAAUAUUGUUGCAUGUAUGUUCAACCUACAGGGUUAUUAUCUCUCCCCGUUGUCACACAUCCAGUAGAUUGGAGAGGACGAAUUCGUGGAAAUUUGCAGGGUUAUUGUCUCCCCAAUG